UAUUCGUCAGGUUGCUGUGUAUAUUACACCACGACACAGGUUGCCGUAGUUAGGAGAAUCGGAGACAGAUUCACGUAGCGGCGAUCUGGCUCGAAGGACCGCGAGAAAGGAUCGACGAGCUUGGUGCGCUGUUUUGCCGAUAUACUUUUUUUUCUUCUUCUCACCCUCUUGAAUGGACCGGUGAAUUUACGAUGCCGUUGAUAGUGGGUACUAUUACUCUAUAGUGGCCUAGACGGUUUUUGUGAAUGAAACUGGUUUGAGUUGUGUCGAAUCUUUUCUUGUGAUUUGAAUUACGCAGGUUUCUUACUUUGAAUAGUGCGCUUUUUUAUUUGAGGCAAGUGUGUGUACGAUAAUUAAAGAACCACUACAAUAUCAGGCUUGGUGCAUUCUUCGCCGGUGCCGUCACUAUUGAUACAAUACACGAGUUUAAACAAUCGUUCGUGAAGAAGGGUCAUUUCGAGCGUCGCGUCGCAUCGACCUAAGCGAUCAUAAAAAUUUACGAUAUAGCCGAUCGUAUCAAAAAGUGCCCGAAGAACUGAGAGAUUCGCCAUGAGAUAAGAAUUUUAAAACCACGGACCAGAUUCCGAACAACCGAAAGUAUUAGCGGAUCAGAAGAAAUUCGACAAAAGGCCGAUUACAAUAAAUUAUAGUCGUUCGAAAAACAAAAAGAAGAAUUUCAAAAUAAACGGACUUGGAAUUUUUUUAUCCUUUCGGUAGAAGUGGUUAAUUUAAAAAAGAAGCGGAAAUAACCGACAUGACUAUUACUACGAUUUGACGUUUCGGGAAAUGGUGUGACUGUUUGGUGUAAUCGAAAUAUGACUUUGAGUGACUUUCGGUAGUAAAAGUAGUGUCAAUUUUCGAAAUAGUUCAAAACAUGGUGGGGAUUAGAAGCAUUACUACUUUUGUAGCAGUCUUAUUUUGGUUGGUGCAGAUUCAUUGCUGUAUGGGCUACAAUGUGGAUAACGGAGAAUGCAGAUCAGCUCUUGGUAUGGAAGAAGGCAGAAUACCAGAUCAUGCAAUUUCUGCAAGUUCAUCAUAUGAAGCCAAAAGUGUUGGUCCACAGAAUGCCAGAAUACGACAAGAAAAGAAUGGUGGUGCGUGGUGUCCCAAAGCACAAAUUAGCAGUGAUGUAAAGGAAUAUCUUGAAGUAGAUCUGCAAAAAAAUCAUCUAAUGACGUGGACAGAAACGCAAGGACGAUUUGGUAAUGGACAGGGUCAAGAAUACGCUGAAGCAUUUUUAGUCGAAUACUGGAGGCAUUCUUUGGGACAAUGGAUUACGUACAAAGACGCUAGAGGAGAAAGGGUUUUAACUGGUAACAGCAAUACAUACCUGGUAGUACGUCAAAGAUUAGAACUGCCAUUUGUAGCAUCGAAAGUGAGAUUUAUUCCAUAUAGUGAACAUCCACGUACUGUUUGUAUGAGAGUGGAGCUAUACGGCUGCCCAUGGGAACAAAGCAUUAUAAAAUAUGACGCCCCAAGAGGUGAAGUUCGAGAUCCAGAUAUUGAUUUAGAAGACAUAAGCUACGACGGCACGUUGGAUGGCAGACUGAUGAAAGGCGGUUUGGGACAAUUGGUUGAUGGCUUAUAUGGCGACGACGACUAUCAAAAACAACUAAGCGGAGAGCAAUCGGGAAGUAGAUGGGUGGGAUGGUCGAAUGAGUCGAGAAAUGGAGAACCUCUCGAAAUAAUACUCGAGUUUGACGGAGUCAGAGAAUUUAACGUGGUUCAUCUUCAUUCCAAUAAUAUGUUUACAAGAGGAGUUCAGGUAUUCCAACAAGCAGAAAUUUGGUUUAGUUUGGACGGAAGCAGAUAUCGGCCAGAGCCAAUCAGAGCAACGAUUGCACCGGACCACAGUCGAGAAUCAGCCAGGAACGUUAGCAUAAUUUUGAAAGGCAGACCGGCAAGAUUUAUCAAGUUAAGGCUGUUUUUUGCUGACAAAUGGAUUUUAUUCAGCGAAAUAUCUUUCGAAUCAGUUCUCAUUUCCAACAACCUGACCGUUGGCGAUUUAGAAAAAUACUAUCUCCUUCCAGAAAGUCCGAUAUCGACAACUUCUCCAAACACAAGCGGCGAAACAACGCACGCUAGGAAAGAGGUGACUCCAGCAACAAGUCCUACGAACAUCGGCCAAGCGUACAUUGGCUUGAUUACUGGUGUAAUGGCUAUGGUUAUAUUACUGGUCGUGUGCACAGUAUUCCUAAUGGUUCGAAGGGGAAAGAAGAAGGUGGCACUUCUGCACAAACAUACAGCCUUAGUAUCUAGUAGUACGAAACCAACGACCAUUAACAUGGAAGAUCUGAAACAUAUGUCGACUCCAGUCAUUAACAACGGACUGUCAAGAUCAAGAAUUUCGGUAAAAAGUAAAAAUGGUACAAUUGGGCCGGAUAACACAGUCAAAAAACAGAAAAAGUGUAAUUUAUAUGGACACGUUAACGGAGAAGAAUCUGACAGUGAAAAUUCAUCAGUAUAUCAUGAGCCUUAUAAACUACUGCCCAACGGUAAACAAGAAUAUGGAUGCCUUCCCGAUUUUACCAGCGUUAACAGUUUUCAAGAGGAGCUGAAAUUUACGUCACCGUCAUUUUACAAUUUGACACCCCCACCGCCGCCAACGUCCAGACCGCCAACCUACGAUGUGCAAAAUUACCAGGCCCCAAAUGGCACCCCUAACGGGGUCCUGCCCUCUGAAAAUUACUAUGCCGCCACCGACAUUAUCAAGGGAGAAAGAAGGGAGCAACACUUUACCCCAGGCCGAUUUACACCGAUAAAACUGCCCGAGGGUCCCCCCUUGGAGGGAGUGGUGCACUUAUUGGAUUUUCCGAGACACCGAUUGAGAUUACUGGAAAAAUUAGGCGAGGGCGACUUCGGAAUGGUACAUCUAUGUGAAGCGGAAGGUCUUCCAGACUUUAAUGGAGGUUCAUCAUUUCAUAAAAAGCAGCUAGUUAUUGUUAAAAGCUUAUGGAGAGGAUGUGGCGAUUCUAAAAGGCACGAAUUUCUCAGAGAAACGUCAUGGUUAGCUGGUUUAAGAGAUCCUAACUUAGCCAGAGUAGUAGGAUUAUGCAGCCAAGAUGAACCUAUGUGUGCUCUUUUGGAACAUUCAGAUGGUAGCGAAUUACCGAAAUUUUUUGAGUCCAGGGUUGUAUGUGAGGAUGGCAAUCCUGUUGCGCCAUCUGUGAGAUCUCCACCUGAAGACGCAUCAGAUGACGAAGACUUUAAAAUCGACAUCAAACAGGAAUUCGAUCAUACGGCCGCUAGCACCGCGGUUCAAAGUAACAGUAGUAACAGUGCUUCUACGCUUGAAGAUCCCAAUCCGCCCAAGAGGACUAAACUAGAAGACCAUCACUGUAGCAGUUACGAUAACACCACUGUGCUGCAUCUGCUUCAGGAGAUCAGAGAGAUGAUCAAUUCCAGAAACAAUCCCAUAUCGAUUUUUUUCGAUAGCAUGGCCAAGACUGUAAUGCAGUUUCCACCAGCACAAGCUGCUGAGGUAAAAUUAAAGGUUUGUCAAAUUGUUACGGAAAUGGAAUGUAAAUUAUUGGAGGAAAGCGGAAAUUAUCCUGAAAAUUUGGAGAAUUUUCAAUGA